AUGGACCAGAACCGGAACCUUGAGCGUGGGGGCUCCCAAUUCAGCACAGGCGCAGGCACAGCUACAGCGUCGCCAGCGCCGCCAGCCGAGAACACUGCGGCGGUCAAUCCUGCACCUGUCAACCCCGCCAACCCGGUGCUCAGAAGCAUCGCUCUUUCUGACGCCGUCACGCCGGGAAUUCACCAACACACAUACACAUCACCAUUUCGCGAUUCCGACUCCGACGCUGCCUCCUCGCGCCCUGCGUCUCCCUCGUAUUUCUCCGUCUCCGAUCGCCGAGUAAAGCCUCAGAAUCACUCCCAGCCUUCGCCCUCGCAGCCGACGACCCCCUCGAUCCCAAAACACAACCUCCCGACGUCGCCAGGGAGCAUCACCGGCAAGGACAUCUUGAAGCGCAUGACCCUCGCCGCCAUGGGUCGUCGUGAGUCUUUGUCGCAGAUUCGCGCCUCGAAUCCCGAUCUCCAGCUGAGCGGCAACAUCAUCUCGGCCACCUUCAACAUCCCUCACUCCUUGAAGUACCGCAAGGGCUCCGACUGGGAACUCAAGCCUCGCCGCGGUCAAUCCGCCCUCUUCGACUCCUUCGCCUACCUCUCCUCCGACGAGACGCCCUGGGACCACACAGUCGUCGCCUGGACCGGCGAAAUUGAUACCCCUCAAGAUGUCAUCUCUCCGCCCGGCACGCCGCCCGCGACGACUGUCCACUUCUCGAGCCUGAAUACCCUCUCCGCGCCCGUCCCUAUCGACGGCGACGCCCGCCUGCCCACGCCUCCCCCGACCGAGGGCCUCUGGCUGCCCAAGGACGACCAGCUCCGCCUCGAGAACCAGCUGGCCCAUAACAAGACGAUCAAGACCGUCCCCGUCUGGCUGUGCGACGACAACGAGCAGCAGGAAGAUGGCCUCCUCCUCAAGGACCAGAGCCGCUGGCGCCGCUACGCCGAGCACGAUCUCUACACCCUCUUCCACUACAAGCAGCACGAGCCGACCGACGGCCGGAAGGAGCGCCUCCAAUGGGCCGACUACUACCGCAUGAACCAAAAGUUCGCGAACCGCAUCAUCGAGCUCUACAAGCCCGGCGACGUCGUCGUCGUCCACGACUACUACCUCAUGCUGCUCCCCAGCAUGCUCCGCCAGCGCGUCCCCAACAUGUACAUCUCCUUCUUCCUGCACUCGCCCUUCCCCAGCUCCGAGUUCCUGAGAUGCCUGCCCCGCCGGAAGGAGGUCCUCGAGGGCGUCCUCGGCUCCAACCUCGUCGGUUUCCAGUCCUACAGCUACUCCCGCCACUUCUCCAGCUGCUGCACGCGCGUGCUGGGCUUCCCCUCCGAUCAGUACGGCGUCGACGCCUACGGUGCGCGCGUCCAGGUCGGAGUCUUCCCCAUCGGCAUCAACGCCGACAAGUGCGAGAUGUACGCCUGGACCGAUGCCGUUACCGCAAAGUACAACGCCCUGAAGAAGCUGUACGACGGAAAGAAGAUCAUCGUCGGCAGGGAUCGCCUCGAUAGUGUACGAGGAGUUGCCCAGAAGCUUCAGGCAUUCGAGCGCUUCCUCGAGAUGUACCCGGAGUGGCGCGAGAAGGUUGUCCUCAUCCAGGUCACAUCUCCCACCAGCAUAGAAGAGGAGAAGGAGGACCCGGAGAACCGUAUUGCGACCCGCGUCAACGAGCUCGUCAUGAGAAUCAAUGGCUUGUACGGCAGUCUGGGCUUCUCCCCCGUCCAGCACUACCCCCAGUACCUCAGCCAGGACGAGUACUUUGCCCUCCUCCGCGCCGCCGACAUUGGCCUCAUCACCUCUGUCCGCGACGGCAUGAACACCACCAGCAUGGAGUACGUCAUCUGCCAGCGCGAAGGCCACGGCCCUCUCAUCCUCUCCGAGUUCAGCGGAACGGCCGGCAGCUUGAAGGAUGCCAUCCACAUCAACCCGUGGGACCUCAGCGGCGUCGGCAUCGAGAUCAACAACGCCCUCACCAUGUCCCCCGAGAAGCGCCUCGCCAUGCAGGCCAGCUUGUACAACCACGUCACCACCCGCAAUGUCCAGAGCUGGAUCGACCACUUCAUCCGCAAGCACGUCCACAUCCUGGGCACCCAGAAGAACGUCGUCGCCACUCCCCUGCUCGACCGCGCGUUGAUGCUCAAGACCUAUCGCGAGGCCGGCAAGCGCCUCUUCAUGUUCGACUACGAUGGUACCCUCACACCGAUUGUCAGGGAGCCCAGUGCCGCGGUACCUUCCGAGCGCGUGCUCCAGACCCUCAAGGCUCUGGCCAGCGACGAGAAGAAUGCCGUCUGGAUCAUCUCCGGUCGCGACCAGGAGUUCCUCACCCAGCACCUCGGCCACAUCGCCGGUCUGGGCUUCAGCGCCGAGCACGGCAGCUUCAUGAAGAACCCCGGCUCUGACGAGUGGGUCAACCUCGCCGACAAGUUCGAUAUGGGCUGGCAAUCCGAGGUCAUGUCUGUGUUCCAGUCCUACACGGACCGCGUUCCUGGCUCCUUCGUCGAGCGCAAGAGGUGCGCUCUCACGUGGCACUACCGCCUUGCGGAUCCCGAGCAGGGUAUGCACAUGUCUCGGGAGUGCCACAAGGAGCUCGAGUCGACCGUGGGCCAGAAGUGGGACGUCGAGGUCAUGGCAGGAAAGGCCAACCUGGAGGUCAGGCCGACGUUCAUCAACAAGGGCGAGAUCGCCAAGCGUCUCGUUCACACGUACAACUCUGCUCCCGCCACCGACAAGCACCCCGGACGCGUCGAGUUUGUCCUAUGCCUGGGUGACGACUUCACCGACGAGGACAUGUUCCGCGCCCUCAACGGCCUCUCCGGCAACGAAGUCGACAACGACCACGUCUUCACCGUCACUGUCGGUGCCAGCACCAAGGUCACCCUCGCAAGAUGGCAUCUCCUCGAGCCCGAGGACGUCAUCGAGUGCGUGGCGCUCCUUGCCGGCGUCGGCCUCGGCGGAGAGGCUAAGGAGCACUUUGGCCAGGUGAACUUGGCCGCGCUGAGCACAGUCGAGGGACACAUCCCCGAGUCGGAGAAAUGA